AUCUGCCUUGGUAUGCAGAUCGCCGUCAUCGAGUUUUCUCGCAACUUAUGCAACCUCCCAAACGCGAUUUCAGUGGAUUUUGAUGAAAGACCUCUCGACCCGGUUGUCGUUUACAUGCCCGAGCUUGAUCGCAAGAAUAUGGCAGGCGAUAUGCGCCUUGGCGGCCGGACUACGCACUUUCAGAAUGGCAGUGACUGGAGUAAAGCAUAUGCUUUG